AUGAACGAAGCGAAGAAGCGCACAGACCACCACCACCCCCAAGAAAAGGACCUCAAGUUCGACGGACCCUGUGACAACAAGGAGAAUAGCAGCGAUGGAAAUUUCGCGAAUAUUUCAAAUAUCGCCACCAUCAACUUCGCCAAUCUGGAGAAGGAGUUCCAGAAGAUAUACAGAUAUCCGUCUCAGGAGCGACCGCCAUCACGCAGUCAGUCGAGCGAAUCGAACGAGUGGAACGAGGCGAACAAGGCGAGCAAGACGAACAAGGCGAACGAAUCGAACAUGACGAACGAAUCGAACGAAGGUGUUUACUUCUGCAGGAAGGCCCAGGAGAAGAGGGCCCACGCGAUGGUGAACCAACCGAGUGAGGAGACGAUACACACACAGCGAGAUGGAAGGCACGCCGAAAGUUCGAUCGGAAGGGCCAUCUCAAAGGGGGAAGGAAAACGACGUGCUGAUUACUAUGGAGGUACGCUUCCAGGCCAGCUUCGGAGAAGCGAAGCCACGGGGAGAAGCAGACAGGAGAACUUCCAUUCGACCAACUCCAUUGAGCAAAUUUUAAAGAGUAUUCAGGAGGACACCAUUUUAGGGACACACCGGGGGGAUGAUGGCAACUCUGGUGGGGGAAGCUCGAACGUUGGCGCGGGUCUCGCAGAUGCGGCGGACCCAGUGAAGGCUAUUAACGAAAAGAAGACUAUUCACCCGAUGUGCCGCCUCUGGUGGGACGACAAGCCCUUUGCAUACCACUGGGAUCGCGGCAUGAACAGGCAGGAGGUACAGCGGUGCGUGCAUAAUUUCUGCAUAAACAUCGCGAGCGAGGACUUCUAUCUCGCACGCCUGGAGAGACUCAACGAAGAUAACCAAUACAAGGAGAAACAAAAAAAUAUACAAAAAAUACCACUAAAAGGGAACACCUACGCCUAUUACAAAAUAUGCGAGCGAUAUGAGUACGAGUCAUUGGGAGAUGUGAAACCAAAUCAGGAAUACAUAAUCAAAAGGAAGAACCACGUGAAGGAAAAACUCAUGUACCCCCUUAAUUUCCCAGAGGUCUUAAGAGCCAUAGAAUACACAAAGGAAGGAGGUAACCUACUCAAGCACACAGUCUAUAGCAUCCCUCACUUACGCUUCUUCUUCAUAAGCAAAGACCUAAAUUUUAUCAAAUGGUUUUCGUCAAGGAAAACAGAUGAGCAAUGCAAGAUUUAUUUCCAAAAAAUUAACAGUCUCGAAAUAAAAAUCGUGCAUGAAGACAUGUUGGAAAAUCUCAAAGUCGAUAUUUUGAAGAGACUCUCCUUUUCCAUCGUUUAUAUGAAUGAAAAGAAAAAAAUAACUCUGACUUGUAAAAGUUUGCAAGAGUUUAAUUACUGGGUCACUAGCAUCAGGGCUCUCAUGUUCCAUUCGAAGAGGAUGAAAACGACUCGCAGUGUGUUGUUGUCUCAUAGGAGGACCACUCGAAAUGGAACCCCCAUCACGGGGAAGCCCAACCCAACAAGGAAUACGAAUUUAAAGAAAAAUUCAACGAAGAAGGAACUUAACACAGAGGAAGGAAAGAGUUCCCUUAAGUUAUUUCAUUUGUAUAAGCUUAUUGUCUUCCCACAUUACAAUCUCUAUCAGAUAAAGACGAAAUUUUAUUUACUCAAGGAGAAAGCAUACAAAUACAGGGUUUUAAUUGAAAAGGAAGUUGAUGAAUAUGAGAUGGAUAUUUACUUGGGGGGUGGAUCCUCAGGACAGAGUGGCCACCACGAGGGGGGGGAUAAUGAUCGUCUUAGCAACGAGAGCGACCCUCUAGAGGAGGAGUGUACUACCGACCCGGAGAGUGCCUCAACUCUCUGCAGAAAUUCCCCCCCCCUUUACCACUGCAACGCUAGCGGCAAUGUUGGCGGCAACGAGGCGGGGAAGGAAAACCCAGUAAGGAGGAGGCCUCUCUCUGAUGGGAAGCGCAACGGAACCUGGUCCGGCAGCUCCUCUCCCCAUGUCGCCCUGCCAGAAGUAUAUACACUUAACAAGGAAACAAAUUUAAGCGUUCGUGAUGAUGGGAAGGUAGCCAAGAGAGUGACACACGGAUUAGCAGUAGGAGGAGGGGGAGAAGGAGGGGGAGAAGAAGAAGGAGGAGUGAACCCCGUGGGAGGGAACCACGAGAACGAAGCUGAGGAAGACACAGACCAAUUUAAGCUCCAACUAAUUGUCAAAAUUUACAACCGUAUCGAUAGAAAACUUAAACAGGUUCAGAAGGACAUCAUGCAGGUUGUGAAGCUACUGAAGAGAGAGGAAUCGGAGAAGCAGCCGAACCCUCAGGGGGGGAGUAGUGGGUUCUCCCUGGACCAGUUCUGGAAGUACACCACGGAUGCGUAUAGGACGUUGGAGAGCAAGUUUUACAAAACGGGGGGUGCUCACUACCAUGGGGAUGGUCACUACGGUGGGGAUGGUCGCUACCAUGGGGAUAACCGCUACCCCGGGUAUGAUCGCUACCCCCACCCCAACGAGCUACACACCCAACAGCGAAGACCCGAACUGCGAAGAACCGAACUGCGAAAACCCGAACUGCACAAACGGGAAGAGCAACCUGGUUCGCUUCCCCCAAACGAAUGGGACACCCCCAAUGAGAAGGACCCACCGGAGGGACACAAAAACCAAUCCAGAAAGCUCAUCCACAGCAUCCUCUUCGACAUGUGGCUCUGCGAAAUGGAACUCGGAAAUAUCGACGAUAUUUACACCACCUAUGUGUGCAACUCCAAGCGAAAAAAAAAUUUUAUUACCAACAUGGACGCCCCUGCCUUCGUUAAGAAUAUCUCGCAGCAGAUCUCCAACACGAUACUGCGCUACAUGAACAUGUGA